AUGUUGGCACGGUUAAAUACUUAUCAUUUACCAAAAUUGUCAAGUAUAUUCUAUCGGUAUAAUUCAACAAUAUACAACACUACUAAUAAUAAACUACCCAAUAAGUUUGGUCCUCCUUUUGAAAUUCCAAAUCAUUUACAUAAAAAAAUAAAACCGAUUCAACCAAAUGAUCAUUAUGUUUCAUGUACAAUUUUUAAUCAAAAUGGUAAAAUCACUGCUGUUUCAAAAAAAUAUCCCAAGAUGUUGUUUUUAAAGAAUAAUCAUUUAUUUCCAAGAGAUUUAAGAAAAAUUGAUACUUCUUCAAUCGAUGUUGUACCAGUAAUAAUGAUUCGUGAAUCUAAUGCAAUUUUAGUCAAUUUAUUACAUAUAAAAGCUAUUAUAAAAAAAGAUUCAGUAAUGGUAUUUGAUACUUCAAAUUCUGAAAUAGCUAAAAGAUUGGGAAUUUUUAUGUAUGAUUUAGAAUUAAAAUUACAAAGUAAAACUUUAUUAAAUUCAAAAUUUUAUGAAUUUAGAGCUUUAGAAACAAUUUUAAUUAGUGUAAUGAAUUAUCUUGAAAUAGAAAUUAAAUCUUAUUCUCAACAAUGUGGUUUAAUAUUAAGUGAAUUAGAAGAUGAAGUUGAUAGAUCAAAAUUACAAAAAUUGCUAAUAAAAUCUAAAAAAUUGUCAAGUUUUCAUCAAAAGGCAAUAUUGAUUCGUAAUGUAUUAGAAGAUUUAUUGGAAAAUGAUGAAGAUUUAUCAGGAAUGUAUUUAACUAAUCCAAAAACAUACAAUGCAAAUACAGAUUUAAAUGAUUUUGAAGAUUUGGAAAAUAUUCUUGAAUCAUAUUAUAGACAUUGUGAUGAAUUUGUUCAACAAGCAGGAAGUUUAUUAAAUGAUAUUAAAGCAACAGAAGAGAUAAUCAAUAUUAUAUUAGAUACAAAUCGUAAUUCGUUAAUGUUAUUUGAAUUGAAGAUUACAGUAUAUACCUUGGGAUUUACGGUUGCAACGUUAUUACCAGCAUUUUAUGGAAUGAAUUUAAAAAAUUACAUAGAGGAUUCAAAUUUGGGUUUUGGAAUAAUUAUUGUUUUGUCAGUUAUUCAAGGCGCCUGUAUAACUUGGUUCAAUUUUAAAAAAUUACAUAAGGUACAAAAAUUGACAAUGAUGAACAAUGGACUUAUGAUCAAGCCUCAAAGAUCAUUUAAUUAUAAAUUGCCAUUAAAAAAACUAUUCUUUGGACGUGGUAAUAAACAAUUUGAUAGACCUACGAAUAAUGAGAAAGACGUAAUAUGGAGGAUGAUAAACGAUGAUAAACCUUUAAAAUAA